UCGUCCUGGCCACGUCCCCAAGCCACGUCGCGCUUUACUCGCCAUUUUCCCGUCUUCUGGAGCCAGAAUCGCUCUGUUCUAGCGUCGCGGUGCCAUUCAGCACAGUCGGGUCUAAAAAACAAUCGUUGCCGGAGAUAUACGGCGAUCUUCGCGAGGUUUUGAAUCGGCUUGCUUCACCUGGCGCUCCCAGAAACAUGAACAUUUUCAGGCUAACCGGCGAUCUCUCCCACCUAGCAGCCAUCAUCAUCCUGCUGUUAAAGAUAUGGAAAACCAGGUCUUGUGCCGGUAUUUCUGGAAAGAGCCAGGUCCUGUUUGCCUUGGUGUUCACCACUCGCUACCUGGACCUGCUCACAUCCUUCAUCUCCCUCUACAACACCACCAUGAAGAUCAUCUACAUCGGAUGCGCGUACGCCACUGUGUACCUGAUCUACAUGAAGUUCAAGGCAACCUACGAUGGGAAUCAUGACACCUUCAGAGUGGAGUUCCUGGUUGUUCCUGUUGGAGGCCUGGCUUUCCUGGUUAACCACGACUUCUCACCCCUGGAGAUCCUGUGGACGUUUUCCAUCUACCUGGAGUCGGUGGCCAUUCUGCCCCAACUCUUCAUGAUCAGCAAGACCGGAGAGGCCGAGACCAUCACCACCCACUACCUGUUCUUCCUGGGUCUCUACAGAGCCCUUUACCUCAUCAACUGGAUAUGGAGGUUCUACUUCGAGGGAUUCUUUGACAUGAUCGCCAUUGUCGCUGGAGUGGUGCAGACCAUCCUCUACUGCGACUUCUUCUAUUUGUAUGUAACAAAAGUUCUCAAAGGAAAGAAGCUGAGUCUGCCAGCCUAAGCGCAAAAGAGGGGUGUUUUGGCAGACUCAAAGCGGAGGGUCGGAGUACAGGAGGACCCCCACACCCCCACCCUUUCCCCAAACACCUCCAACCUCCACCUCCGCUUGCUCCUCUCCCCACUUCCCGCCAGUGUAAGAUGCCUGAGACAGAGAACGAGCCGGAGCCGCUGGCUGCACCUUCUCCUCCUGAUCCACAAUCAGUGGGACUGGAACGCCUCCAGAGGCUGGUUCCGAGGCCUUCGGGUUUCUGUUUGACGCAUCUUGCCUUAACUUUUUUUUAUUACUCUGUAUAAAGGAAGAAAAAAAAAAGCAAGAAAAGUUUUCUACAUAAAAAUGUGUACUCUGAAGAUUCGACACAUAGAGCUGAAGAUGUAAAAUUGCCUUUGAUUUGGCAUUGUAUGAUACUGAAGCGGACUUGUUGUGGUGGGAUAUUAUUGAGCGUUUGUAAUAGUAUUUGCAAUCGAAAUAAAUGUGCAUCUUUUUUUUUUUUUCCUUCUCUGAAUCAACUUUGGAAGAAAUCUGUUGAAUCCUCAUAACCCUGGUGGACAAUUGGUUCAUGAUUUGCUCUUCUUUGUUGGACCAGGAUAAAUUCCCACGUGUAAUGACCAUUUCUUUAAGUUUCCAGUGCCCUUUGCUAGAAUAAAAAAAACGAUUUAAAGAUGCCAUAAUUUAACAAAAAAAUGUUGUUGAAAUGCCAAGAGAAUUAAUGAGUAUAAGUUGCCUCAGUGUACUUCUCUGUAUUGAACAAUGUGGUUAUUAGGAAUAAACUGAAUGAAAGCACAUGGUUUAAAGGAAACCAAUAAACUGUCAUCACUGUAAAUGGCUUUUCCUCAUUCGAACCACAGUCAUUUAGUAUGCUACAUCAGCUAACUUCUAACUUGCUUAGCUCGGCAGUGGCUCUUGAGCUUUUCAGACGGCUCCUUUUUAAAUGUUUGAGAACUUCCUGGUAACGUGCAGUAUGUGAAGCCUCACUGCGGAACCUUUCUUCUUUUAAGUGCAGAUGUAUUUAUUUUCUAUCUUCUCGCUGGUUUCCAAUAAACGAGUCCGUGGAUUUGUGUGCCUGUUGUGCAUAAUUUUAACCAUAGGCGCGUAAUGGCGCAGAGGAGAGGAGCGGCUUAGGCGCUGCAUCAUUCUCAAAACAUAUCUGCUUCUGUUUUUACUUUUUUUUUUCCCGUGCACAUCAUUUCAAGUUUUCGUUUCUUUCCGGAGCAUUUGCAUGAUGUUGCCACCACAAAUAAAAUCUUUAUGAGAA